UUUCUGCAACAGUUUUGGUACCAGAAAUGUGUGCUUUUGUGGUCGUGUGGUUGAUUUUUCGGACGUUGAUGCUUGGUCAGUGAAUUUAAGCAGCGAGCUACCCUGGACACGCUAUUCCCUGUGUUGGAGUAGCCAGCACUUUAGCAUUGCUGGUAGGAGCAUUUGUGCAGUGAACUGUUAUGGAAGUGUUCUUUUUUACUUUGUGAAGGACACUUACAUUAGGUAUGGUACUGAAAAUUUGAAUUUGAAGGUUAAGAUUUCGGAUCUCUGUUAUCGUUUGAAUUGGUGAAUCUUUAGAGUGUACAUUGCAUGAUGAAUUAUAUGAUAUUUUUAUUGCUGGAUAUGCAUUCUGGAUUUUUUGCGAAGUUUUGUAUUGGUUAAUGAAAUUGUAGAUGAUAGGAUGCAUUUUUCUUUAUGAAAUCCAUCAUCACGUUCGAACGCAACAAUUCUAGCGUGAACAACGCGAAAGUCGAAGUCCAACACGAUGAAUCUAUUUUGGAACUAAGGUCACAUUGUAGCAUGGAGUUAAACCAUUAGGAUUUGAUUCGGAUGGAAAGGCUUGUCCAAUUGUUUUCCAAAUAAAACACUCUCAUCUGAUCAUGUUAUUUCCGGCAAAAUUAUCGCGGAUACCUGCCAAUUGGAGGAGGGAUUUGAGAUACGGCAGAACAUGGAGAAGCGUCUGGAGGUGGCCGUAAACAUGGGCCCCUUCCAGCCGCAUUUCGUGAGCAAAUCCUUUGAAGAGCAGCUGCGCGUUAUUCAUCAAUCAUGUAGCGAGGCCAAGCCUAUGAUGCUUACGAUAAGUUUGCCGGACUUCCUUGUAGUAAUGAAAGUAUCUGUUUAUUUCUUUGCAUAAUAAGCUGUAAAGUGCCACCCUUUCGAAAGCUUUGAGUGAAGGACAGUCUUCCGAUACCUAUGGUUAGUUGAAUCGAAGGUUAUUUUCUGGCAUCAGGUAGAACGAAUGUGAACAGUUCGAUUUACUAGUCACAAAUGAAAAUUCUAUUAAACUCGCAACAAAGGUGAGUUUUCACUCAAAAGUAUAAUGUGCUUUCUAAAAACUUUGUGAGCACGUUGCUUUCUGCGGUUAAACCCAUUUCGCCCCGGACGUUUGCUGGUUUGCUAUGUCUGUGUUUUAGGAGGUCAUUAUGAUAAUACGAAGUUGGAAUUCUGUAAUAUUCCAAGGACUAUGCUACAAGAAAAAGUUCCUCAUCGAACCAUCGUUGCUAGUGAUGGAGAAUGACCACCUUGUCCUUUUUCUUGGUGCUGUAUCAGGUGGAGUUGGAGUGGUGCAUUUACAACACUGACCAUAUUUACACUUGGUUCUGUUCUUUUAAUCUUUGGUAAGUAUCAAAAUUUCUUGUUUAAAAAUUCCUGCUCUGAUCAAUUCUGUGCAGUCAGUGCAGGUUUUAGCUUUAACUUAAGUGGUCGUAAUUCUGCCGAAGCUUUCCCAGCUGCUGCGUAACAGAUUCUCGACGGUGAGCCUGUGGAGGAUGUUUGUGAUGAUACCAAUGAGACUGAUGUGGAAUCUGAUGAUGGAAGUCAAAAAGUAGCACCAAAAUAUAGGUCAAUGCACAAUGAAAAUCAUUGAGAACUAAUCAUCGUGGCUUUAAUUUAACCUAUGCACACAAAGUUAGCUCAUUCAAUUGUAGUGUUCAUAUUUUCAUUGAUAUCCUGGAUGUUAUCAUUUUCUGCAACUUUAUUGUUGCCACAAGGGUAUGAUUUGAAACAGGUUGUAUGCAUGUCUAUCUACAUCCUGAUGCGACAUAUUGUGCAUCAAUCAAGGUGAGCCAAUGUUGGUCCCCAAGUCCAGUUGAUCAUUCUAGACUGUGCAAUUCAGAUGUAGAAGACAAUUUAUGAUGAGCAUAUUUUCUGUAAUCUGGUCAGUUGAUUUGCGAGAGAUCAGUGGUUUUGGAGGUGGAGGGUUCUCACAAUCUCACCUUUCGAAACUGAACAUUGAAUUUAGGUUACCUGCAUUACACCCGAAUGUCCAAAGAGUGGAUGCUGACAAACAGCAUGUGUUGACCUAAUGUCCUUUGCGUGAAAGCUGGUUGUUCUUAAGCAGUGACGACACACAGCCUGAUCGAUCAAGAGAUUCUUAAACUGGUCCAUAUGUAAAAGUAUUCACUCAGACUGCGAUGAAAUAGCGGACAAGCGGAGAAUUAGCUGAUUGUCUGUUUUAGAUGCUUGUCUGCCACGCAUAAAUGAGGAGAAUACCUCGAACAUUCAGCGAGAAAUACCUCCGUACUUCCUCGGUAAGCGACACCUUCCGUGCCUGCAUAUUCGAUCACUCGCAUGGCUGAUAUUGAAACGACUUCUUCUGAAUAAGUGUAGACCAUAACGAAAAUUCGUACAUCGUAAAAACAUUAUUGCAACGUCUGAAGAUUAUCCACAUGAUGAUGUUCGGAGAAUGAGGUUCCAUAGAUUUAUCGCAUUAACUGCCUUCAGUGAUGUCUCGUGCUAAUUUAGUGCCCUGAAAGUGGUGAUCCUGUGGAGGACAGGAUGUUCACGCCGCCGCUGUGCUGCAAUCUCAAAUCCAAGGCAAAAUUGGACCAAUUCGUGGCAGGUCGAAGGCAUGGGGUCAGCUCCCCGACAUUGUUGCAGACAUCCUCCGCGCUUGCGAAUGAUGCGGUUCGCACAAUCAAUGCCAAGAAACUUACACCAUUGCAAUGGGAAGAGGUCCUGCGAAUCUCGAGAGGAAGGAGAGACUUUUUGCAUCCAUGUCCAAUAUGCUUGGAACGGUUUGGAUUGAAGAAGCAGCAGGUGAUUCUAAGCUGCUCGCACGCUUUCCACAAGCUUUGUCUUCAAAGUUUCGAGAAGUUUUCAAGGAUACGAUGUUGUCCCAUUUGCCGAGCAGAACCUUACCAGAAAAACGUUCAUGUUGCAUUGAGCAAAGCCUUGUGUGCUGAGAGGAUACAAUCUGCAUUUCGAGGCUACUAUGUCAGGAAAAAGUACAGCCAUCUCCUUCCAUGCAGAAGACAAUGUUUCCUCAAAAUGCUUGCUUCAUCAACGGACCACCUUCUUGGUCAAUUGGGUGUACAAGACAAAGAGAUCGACGAGCUAUUCAAGGAGAUUGAUGAGACUGUAUCAAAGACCAACCAAGACAUCCAUGAUGCUCAACAAAAGGCAUCUCAAGCAUUGACACAUCUAAUCGUUGAAAAUUGCGUGCCAGAAGUGGAUUGGCAAGCCGUCAUCACUAAGGCAGAAGAGAGAUACGAUCGUGAUUGUCCGAUUUGCAUUGCUCCGAUGCAGCAAGGAGGUAAGCCACUGUCAUGGUUGAGUUGCAGCCAUAUGUUCCAUAGAGGGUGCAUCUCUGCCUUUGAAGCUUACAAUACUAUUUCUGAACGGAUUUCACAAUGUGAACUCAGUUGUCCCAUUUGUCGUGCAAACUACCAGCGUCUUGAUAUGUAACUUAGUUAAAGAGCAUUUCUAAAUGUGUACAGUACACUCAUUUACCAUUGCUGUUAAGUGUUAACAUCCCCUCGUACAAUCACUGGUUAUUAAACAACAGUUCAUUCAAAGUAAAGGAUGAAGAGUUAGGGACCAUUUGAACUUAAGGGGAGAGGAAUCAUUCAGCUCAGAGAAAGCAUUGAAAACGUGAAAGGUUCGUUCAAACAUA